UCCCGCGCCUCCCGUUGGACCCCGGCUCUGCGGUAGAGAGGCGGCAUGGAAGCCGAGGACCUCCAGGAGGACCUGACCUGCUCCAUCUGCCUGGACUAUUUCCAGGAGCCGGUGUCCAUCGAGUGCGGCCACAACUUCUGCCGCGAGUGCCUGCACCGCAGCUGGGAGCCGGGCGGCGGCCCGUUCUCCUGCCCCGAGUGCCGACGGCCGUCGACGCCCGCCGCGCUGCGGCCCAACUGGGCGCUGGCCAGGCUGACGGAGAAGACGCGGCGCUGGCGCCUGGGCCCCCAGUCCCCGGACUUGUGCGGCCGCCACCGGGAGCCGCUGCGUCUCUUCUGCGAGAACGACCAGCGGCCCGUGUGCCUGGUGUGUAGGGAGUCCCAGGAGCACCAGGCCCACGACAUGUCGCCCAUCGACGAGGCCUUCCAGAGCUACCGGAAAGAUCACUUUGGCAUACAUGUGGAUGAAUGGAAGAGAAGACCAAUUUGGCUGCUGUUGCACUACUUUAAGCAGGAGAUAAGAGAGAAACUUCUUAAAUGUCAAUUUAUUCUUAUGGCCAAAAUGAAGAAAGCCUUGCAUUUCCAUGAGGUGGAAGUGAAGAAUGCUACAAAGUGGAAGGAGAAGAUAAAGAAUCAGCGGAUGAGAAUCAGCACAGAGUUUUCGAAGCUGCACCACUUCCUGGCUGAAGAAGAGCAACUGUUUCUUCAGAGACUGAGCAAAGAAGAAGAAGAGACAAAGGAGAAACUGAAAGAGAACAUGUCAAGUCUCAAUCAAAUGAUCACUUCCUUGAAGAACCUCAUCUCAGAGGUGGAGGAAAAGAGCCAGGCCUCUACCCUGGAGUUACUCCAGAAUCCAAAAGAUGUGUUGACCAGGAGUGAGAACCAGGAUGUGAACUAUUCCUUUGAAGUUCUGAACGUGAGGACAGUGUGCCAGAUACCAAUGAUGAAGGAAAUUCUGAAGCGAUUCCAAGUGGCUGUUAACCUAGCUGAAGACACAGCUCAUCCUAAACUUGUCAUCUCCCAGGAAGGGAGAUAUGUGAAAAAUGGAGCAUCAGCCGGUUCUUUGCCAGUAUUUUCUACAGCAUGGAACUACUUUAGUGGAUGGAGAAAUCCUCAGAAGACCACACAUGUUGAAGAGAGAUUUCAACACUUACCCUGUGUUCUGGGAAAAAACGUUUUCACUUCAGGGAAACAUUACUGGGAAGUUGAGAGCAAAGAUAACCUGGAGAUUGCUGUGGGGGUGUGUCGGGAGGACGUCAUGGGGAUUACUGAUAGUUCAAAAAUAUCACCCCAUGUGGGAAUCUGGGCUAUUUAUUGGAGUUCAGCUGGCUAUCGGCCUCUAACAAGCCUCCCUGUAAUUCCUACCAAUCAAGAGUCACCUCUUCACCGGGUGGGGGUUUAUCUGGAUCAUGGGGCUGGGAAUGUCUCAUUCUAUAGUGCUGUGGAUGGAGUCCACCUACACACUUUUUCUUGUUCUUUCGUCUCACGCCUCCGACCAUUUUUCUGGUUGAGUCCAUUAGCAUAUUUAGUCCUCCCACCAGUGCCUGAUGGGAAGUGAGGUUACUUUUUCCCUGCCCAAGAAUCCCUCCAUAUACCCCAGCCCAGGGACAUACAUUCUUUGGCCCUCUUCUUUUGCUUUAUAUGUAUCCCGGGUAGUCCAUCAGUACUGUCCAUUCAGAUUCCAAUUUCAUGUUCUGUUCAGGUCCCUGCAUAUUCUGUGCAUACACAACAGAUAUGGCAGUCCUCAUUGGUUGUCUUCCUGGUAGUGAAUCCCCCAAUUCCUGCCACCUUUUCUGGGUCUUCCUAAUUGAACUGUUUGGUAUUCCCCAUGCAUGUACUUCAGAAGAGGCAGUCCCAUGUUAGCUAACUCUGGCCAAUGGAGAUGGGAUGGGAAAUUUUCCAAGGUGCUUUUGGGGGAUGUCUUUUUAGAUUUUUAAAAGAUGUUUGGGAAGAUAUAGCCCCACUUCUGAUGUUAGCAGCUCAGGAGAACACAGUAACAGUGGAAAGGGAAAAGAAACACAAGCUUUGUUGCCAUCAUUAAACAUUCGGAUGUCUCUAAUCCCAAACUUCUUGUUAUAUGAGAUAAUUACUCCCUUAUUAUAUAAGGCAAUUUUAGUUGCAUUUGGUUACUUACAGUCUGAAGUCCCGUAAUGGGUACUAUAGGCAUAUAGCAUGGACAUCCCAUGGUAUAUGCUUAUCUAAUUUUUUCUUAAAUUUGACAAAUUUAUAGAAUCCUUUUCUGUCCAGUCAUGCAAUGCCUGUCUUUUUUUUUUUUUUUUUUUUUUUUUGGUGGCUGGCUGGUACAGGGAUCUGAACCCACCUCUUCUUUCUAGUAAAUACUGAUAUUCCCCACUUGUCUGGACCAGAAAGUUGAGGAAAUCUUUACUUACUCUGCCAUGCUGCUCUCCUGACUAUGUCUCUGCCCUCACCUGUUCACUGUGGUGUACAUUUGUCAGAGUCAUAUAUUGUAUGUACAGGGUUGUUAAUGGAAAUUGAACUCUUUGUACAAAUGACAAAACUGAAACCUUUAGAGUAAUUAGCUCAUUAUUGCUUAGCUGACAAAUGGGGGUAUUGGGAUUAAAAUCUAGAUUUGUCUGAGAUGAAAGCCCAUGCUCGUUUCUACUCUUUUCUUUGUAAGCAUUUAUUGAAUGCUGGUUGUGGGUCAGCAUCAUCUUUAUUUCACCUUUUUGUUUUAUGGUUUUUAUCCUGUGUGUGUUUUAUUCACUUUACAUUUCUGAGAUUGUACAUAGAAUUGUGACAAUUACUGGAUAGUUAUUUUUUUAAUCUGAUUUUUUCUCUUUGGUUAUAAAAGUCAUGUGUACUUAUUGUAGAGAAUUUGGAACAUGUUCCCCAUCCUAUGUCCCAGCCUAUCCUUCCUUGUCUUUCUGUUCAACCUGAGCAACCCCCUCAUUCAACAAUUUCUUCUGAGUUCUUAAUUCUCCGGGAUACUUUCUGUUAUGGUUUGAAUUGUGUUCCCCAAAAAGAUAUGUUGAAGUUC